AUGCGUGAAAUUGUUCAUAUGCAGGCUGGUCAGUGUGGAAACCAGAUUGGUGCUAAAGUAAGUUAUAUCCUUUGCUUCGUUAAUUUUUUUUUUGAAACCCAUCCAGACGUUCAAUUUAUGUGGUUUUUAAAAGACGUUAUUUUCUAUUGCAGUUCUGGGAAGUUAUCUCCGACGAACAUGGCAUCGAUCCAACUGGCGCAUAUCACGGAGAUUCCGACCUUCAGUUGGAAAGAAUAAACGUUUAUUACAAUGAAGCUACAGGUAUGAAAGUAAAGCGGAAUUUUGUUCUGUUUUGUUAUUCGUCCGACUGAUUGCCCGCCAUAAUAACCGUUACUAAAUUGAUAACUAUUUCAUGUUUUUUUCUUAGGUGGAAAAUAUGUUCCUAGGGCUGUUUUGGUAGAUUUAGAACCAGGAACAAUGGAUUCAGUUCGAUCAGGACCGUUUGGGCAGAUUUUUAGACCAGAUAACUUUGUUUUUGGUAAGAUCAUUCACCAUUUGUUUUGAACGUUGGACAAUAGAAAAGGAGGUUAGCCUUAACAGUAAAUAGAAUUUAAACUUCUUCCUUGGAAACUUUAAAAAGUACGAGGCAUAAAGAAGGUGUACUUGAUUUCUUGUAAAUUAUGUUUAAUUUAAUGAAUGCAGUCGAAACCUUAACAACAACUAUUGAGUCUGGGAAAUUAUUCGGUGUAAUUAGGCCAUCAAGUAAGUAUGCGUCUAAUCUAAUCUCCCAGGCAACCAUGUUUCCGGGUCAGUUUAGGACAAGCACCGCUUAAGAGAAUACAGAAAAAGAGUGUUUUUUCCUUUCCACCAAUCGUCUUAUGUUUCUAACUUAGGUCAAUCUGGAGCAGGAAAUAAUUGGGCAAAGGGACAUUACACUGAAGGAGCCGAGCUGAUCGACUCUGUUCUAGAUGUGGUUCGAAAAGAAGCUGAAAGCUGCGAUUGCCUUCAAGGCUUUCAGCUUACACAUUCAUUGGGCGGUGGAACCGGCUCUGGUAUGGGAACGCUUCUUAUUUCAAAAAUCAGAGAGGAGUACCCUGACAGAAUGAUGAACACUUUCAGUAUUGUUCCAUCGCCAAAAGUAUCGGACACCGUUGUAGAGCCUUACAACGCUACACUGUCGGUCCAUCAGUUGGUCGAAAACACUGAUGAAACAUACUGCAUUGACAAUGAAGCUCUGUACGAUAUCUGCUUCAGAACCCUGAAGCUCACCACACCAACUUAUGGCGACUUGAACCAUCUCGUGUCAGCUACAAUGAGCGGUGUUACAACUUGUCUUCGUUUCCCUGGACAGGUCAGUCAGUAUCUCUUGCAUUGAACUUGACUUCUAGAAAUUUACUAUUAAACAUUCACGACUGUAUGAACACAAUAUUUUUUGUUCAUGAGCCGCAAAUUAGCCGCUAAUUCCCUCCAGUUUAUGACAUAAUUUUCAGUCGCUUAAACACUUUCGCGUCCUAGGUUACUAUGGAAGCAUUCUUUGUGAAAAAUGUCGUCAUACAUUUUUGAAAUUUUUCUGUAUAAUGUAAUAAAAAAAUUAAAGAUGAAAAACAAACUAAGGAAAUAUCUUUCUAAAACGCUAAGAAAGAAAUUGCAGUAUUUUACAAGAACUCAUUCAGAUUAAAACUUAACUUAUUCACAUUUCACUUUAUGUUUAACAAAGCAAUCGGAGCAUAUUCCAGUUUCAAAUUAACAGCUUCCCAAGUUGUCAAUUUAUUGUAGGCGUGCCAAGCGUGCUAAUCGGCCUUUUCUCCUUUUAACAGCUUAACGCUGACCUCAGAAAACUAGCCGUAAACAUGGUUCCUUUCCCUCGUCUUCACUUCUUCAUGCCUGGAUUUGCCCCCCUCACCAGCAGAGGAUCCCAGCAGUAUCGUGCACUAACAGUGCCAGAACUAACCCAGCAGAUGUUUGAUGCCAAGAACAUGAUGGCUGCAUGUGAUCCAAGGCAUGGUCGUUAUCUGACUGUUGCAGCCAUGUUCCGUGGCCGUAUGUCCAUGAAGGAAGUAGAUGAACAGAUGCUGAAUGUUCAAAAUAAGAACAGCUCCUACUUUGUAGAAUGGAUCCCCAACAACGUGAAGACAGCUGUAUGUGACAUCCCACCCCGUGGUCUGAAGAUGUCUUCCACCUUCGUUGGCAACAGCACUGCCAUCCAAGAAUUGUUCAAGCGCAUCAGUGAGCAGUUCACUGCUAUGUUCAGGCGUAAGGCUUUCUUGCAUUGGUACACUGGUGAAGGCAUGGAUGAAAUGGAAUUCACUGAGGUAAGAAUGAUAGUCUUCGCUUUUAAAUCAACCACUGAGGAGUUGCGAUACUUGCCCGAUACUUGAUCAACUUCAACGUCUUAAGAACAGGGGAGGAAUGGUCAAUGACUGGGACUUGUAAGCUUAACUAAGCUUGUAUAAAGUUUACCAUGAGUUUGAUGAAAACAUUUUGCGUCUGGGAAUAUAAAAUAAUGUUACAGCAAUUUAUCCUAAAGAUGCUGCUUAUUGCUUUUCCCAAGACAAGGUAUAACUUUUUACUGUAUUUGGACUUUGAUAGAUAUAAAGCAGAUAUAAAACUGGGUAAAUUGAGCAUAGUUACAUAUACUAGGUCUGCUGGGCUGUAAUUUUCCUGACCUAGCUUUCAUCAUACUUUUUAACAGGCUGAAUCCAACAUGAACGAUCUGGUGUCUGAAUAUCAACAAUACCAGGAUGCGACAGCUGAGGAGGAAGGAGAGUUUGACGAAGAAGAAGAAGAGGAGGGUGAGACAUAA